AUGCCAGAGUCUCCAGUCACUCCCAAGGGUAAAGCCCUACCCGUAUCAUCACCGGUAGGCAGGGCAUCGCAACUCAGAAAGGCCAGCUCGUCGCAAACCUUGCGGCUCAGCCCCAAGUCCACGAGCAGCAGGCCCCGAGACACCGACCGGGCCGAACAGGCAGGGAGCAGACGCACAAGCGAAAGUGAUAACCGGGGAAGCCGCGACCUACGGCACCGCUCGAGCACCAGCACCCUCUCACGGGCCACGACGAGCUCCUUCGUCACGUCGACAUCCGGGGCGGGGACCAUCGUGGGCAUAUCGAAGGACGUGAGUGCCAACCGAACCGUGGGCAGUGGCCAAAAUGCCCAAGGUCGAGACAGUAACCCAGACCAACCAGGCCGGACGCCCCUCGCAGCAAUAUCCAACAGGACAAGCCUCAAUGUCCCCGCCCGCAACUCGAGGAUCAUCCAGCCCAGGCAGGAGAACACCACGCCCGCGAAGGCAAUGUUCCUCUCGCUACAGACAUCCGGCGCUGGCGGCAGACCAGCACCAGAGGCGCAUGCUCCGACGCUGCCCGUGCUGCCGCAGCUCCGCAAGCUCCAGCGGCAGAUCCAGACCCUGAAGGCCGAAAAUGAUGAGCUGCGCGCCAUCAAGAUCACGCAGGUCGCGACCAUCGACGACCUGCACGGCCAGCUGCGGGCCAAGGACGCCGAGCACGCGCGGCUGGCGGAGCAGAUGCGCGCCGAGGCUGCCGCGCUCAAGGAGGAGAAGUGGACGCUUCUGGGCCGCGUCGCGGAGCUGGAGCUGAUGCAGCAGGCCGAGGUCGGCGAGCGGGAGCCCGGCGGCCACGAGGGGACUGUAUACGCGGCGUCGGUGCGCUCGGGCGCGCCACCGCCGUCGAGUCGCGGGGGAAGCGUGGCGGGGAGGAGCAGCAUCGGGGGCUUCGAGACGCCGGGGUCGAUAUACAGCGGCCGGGGCGGUGCCGAUGUCGCCGGCAAGCGCUCGCGCGCGCGCAGCCCGUACCACUCCGCGAGCUCGUCCGUCGUCACCGCCAGCGCCCGCUCAUACGUGCGGCGGAGGGCGAGCAUUGCCGAGUCGGACCUGACCGCCGCGUCGCUGGCCGAGGAGGAGCUGGACAUACUGUCAGACCAGUUGGUGGCGCACCACCAGCGGCACGGCCAGGAGCGCGAGGCCAUGGCGGAGCAGCUCGUGGCGCUGGGGGGCGACCUCGAUGCGACGCGGCGGCAGCGCGACAGGGCUGAGCGGCGGAAUCGCGACCUCGAAGCCCGGCUUGCGGCCCAGAUGGCGCUCGUCCGGCAUCACUCGAUGGCGACUUCGAAGGCCCCGGCCCCGGCGCCACCGCCGCCGAUCCCAGACUUGCCGGUGCUGACAUACGCAAAGGUUGGGCUUGUUUGGUUCGACACGGUGAUGAGCGCGUUCAAGUACUGGGGUCUGUCCGAGUUCAUCUCGCAGCCGGACGAGACCCUCUUCGCGGCGACAGACCCUGACCGGGAGGGUCGGCGCCUGCGGGCCGUGGUGCUGCUGAAACGUGCCAUGGACGACGAUAUCCUAGACGACAUCAUGUACCUUCAGAACCAGAAGUGCAUCACGGCGCCGACGACACCCUCCGCCGCAGGAUUCCAGCCACAGGGUCUUCCGCCCGAGAUCGAGUCGCCCUACUUCCUCUUCCACACCGCCGCCAUCCUCAAGCGCACCGUGCCCAGCUCCCUUACAGAUUUUGGCUGGCUCGACCGCAUCGGCGACGCAGACUUUGAGGGCAUAGAGGGCUUCGCGAGCCUGGUCAACAUACUGAACCGCCGGCACAGCCAGCUCUAUGGCACGACCGCGGACCACUACGACGCGCUGAUCCCCAAGAUCCAGGAGAACAUGUCGAGGCGGUUUCCAGACCUGGAGAAGUCGUUGAUGGACCCGGGGUCAGCGCCCAAGAAGUGGUGGCAUCUGGCGCUGUGGAUGUCGAGGAUGGUAAAGAGGAGGCAGUGCCGCAUAAGUGGUAUUGACGAACCAUGA